GGAACGGCUUCACGGUCACUCCGGUAAACCCGACACCCCGGGGCCUUCCCGGUAAACCCGGCAUCAGGGUCUCGCCGACAAUUCCCUCCGAAACAGAGGUAGUAGUAUGUCAGCAAAAAACAAGAAGCGUGUCAUUCUGCCAACUCGUCCCGAGCCUCCCACUAUCGAGCAGAUUCUGGAGGAUGUUAGAAGUGCCAGACCAUCUGAUCCAGUAUUCGCUUUAUUAGCUGAAGGCUCUGAGGAACUUCUGAUUCCAGUGAGAGCAGAAGUGUCACUGCCAGAUGUGGAAACGCAGUACCAGCAAAGCAAAGCCUAUGUUGAACUGAAUAAACGUUUACAAGUUGAACUUAAAGAAUUGGCAUUGCGAUCUGAAGAGUUGAAGAAAGCAGGGGAACAACUUGAUCUAAGUACUUCUGAAAUUAAAGAUAAGCAUUUUCAAAACCAAGCAAAUGAUAAAGAAUAGAUUCUAAUUAGGACUGGAUUCUGGCUCAUGGAAAUUAAGAAAUCGGCCACUUCGACUGGACCCUGUAUGCAGUUUAAGUAUGAUUUUUCCCUGUGGUUUUGUGAAACAGAUGAAGGGGUGGCUUUGCAUAUUUCAGAGAUACUGACUCAAAGUGGUUAUAAGGGAUUUGUGGAACACCAAGACCAAGUCGCUGGACAUCUGGUGAUAAAAGAAGUAACCAAUGUUAUCCAGCAAAGUAAAGUCACCAUCAUCAUCUUGUCACAAAGUUCCCUGGGCAGUGGCUGGUGUCGCAGAGUCUCUGAAUGGAACUUGCAGCAUUCAAUUGAGAAGGGAAACAAGGUUCUUCCAGUCUACUUUAAUAUAAAAACAGAACAAAUUCCACCAGUUUUUAGACACAUUAAUGGACUUCAUUACGACUCCAACUUUUUUACUAAAAGAUUACUGGAUAGCUUGAAAUCAGGAAAGAAAUCAACAUGUAAAUAUGUUAAUCAAAUGAAAGAUUGUUUAGAACAAGGCAAAGAAGCAUCAUUGGAGUAGGUUAGAAGCAUCAAUGAUCAUUACCUAUGAUUUUCAUCUGUGGUGAAUAAAUUGCAUUGUUUCAAA